GCUGCCGCCGCGGGCCGGGGGCUAGGGCCAGACUGGGGCGGGAUGAUGGAGGAGGAGGAGCUCGAGUUUGUGGAGGAGCUGGAAGCUGUGCUGCAGCUCACCCCGGAGGUGCAGCUCGCCAUCGAGCAGGUCUUUCCAAGCCAGGAUCCUCUGGACAGAGCAGAUUUCAAUGCUGUGGAGUAUAUCAAUACCCUUUUCCCCACAGAACAGUCUCUGGCAAACAUAGAUGAAGUCGUGAACAGAAUCCGAUUGAAAAUCAGGAGACUGGAUGACAACAUUCGAACAGUUGUGAGAGGUCAGACUAACGUGGGGCAGGAUGGAAGGCACGCACUGGAAGAGGCUCAGAAAGCCAUCCAGCAGCUCUUCGGCAAAAUUAAGGAUAUCAAAGACAAAGCAGAAAAGUCAGAGCAAAUGGUUAAGGAAAUCACCCGGGACAUUAAGCAGCUAGACCACGCCAAACGCCACCUGACCACUUCCAUAACCACACUGAACCACCUGCACAUGUUGGCAGGAGGUGUCGAUUCCCUUGAAGCCAUGACAAGGCGGCGACAGUAUGGAGAAGUUGCCAACCUUCUACAGGGCGUAGUGAACGUCUUGGAACACUUCCAUAAGUACAUGGGAAUUCCACAGAUUCGUCAACUUUCAGAGAGAGUAAAGGCAGCCCAGACUGAGUUAGGACAGCAGAUCCUGGCUGAUUUUGAAGAAGCUUUUCCUUCCCAGGGUACCAAGAGGCCUGGGGGCCCCAGCAAUGUCCUGCGAGAUGCCUGUCUGGUUGCUAAUGUUUUGGACCCCAGGAUCAAACAGGAAAUCAUCAAGAAGUUUAUUAAGCAGCACCUCUCUGAAUACCUGGUGCUCUUUCAAGAAAACCAAGAUGUUGCCUGGCUUGACAAAAUUGACCGCCGCUAUGCCUGGAUAAAACGCCAGCUUGUGGACUAUGAAGAGAAAUACGGGCGGAUGUUUCCACCUGAGUGGUACAUGACUGAGAGGAUUGCUGUCGAGUUUUGCCAUGUCACCAGGGUGGAACUUGCCAAGAUCAUGCGCACCCGAGCUAAGGAGAUAGAAGUGAAAUUGCUUCUGUUUGCUAUCCAGAGGACAACCAACUUCGAGGGACUUCUGGCCAAGCGAUUUUCUGGCUGCACCCUGACAGACGGGGCCCUGAAAAAGGUUGAGGUCCCUCCUCCACCCACCAAUCCUUUCCUGGAAGAUGAACCUGGACCCGAGAUGGAGGAAUUGACGACGGACAAAGGGGACUUAGAUCAGCCAAAGAAGCCCAAAGUCCCAGAAAACCCAUUUCAUGGAAUCGUGUCCAAGUGUUUUGAGCCUCAUCUCUACGUGUAUAUUGAAUCCCAGGACAAGAAUCUCGGGGAACUGAUUGACCGAUUUGUUGCUGAUUUCAAGGCCCAGGGGCCUCCCAAACCAAACACAGAUGAAGGUGGAGCUGUGUUGCCCAGCUGUGCUGACCUCUUUGUCUAUUACAAGAAGUGCAUGGUACAAUGCUCACAGCUCAGCACUGGGGAGCCCAUGAUUGCUCUGACCACGAUAUUCCAGAAGUAUCUCCGGGAAUAUGCUUGGAAAAUACUCUCCGGCAAUCUACCCAAGACCACCAGCAGCAGUGGAGGGCUGACCAUCAGUAGCCUUCUCAAGGAGAAGGAGGGCUCAGAAGUGGCCAAGUUCACUCUAGAGGAACUGUGCCUCGUCUGCAGCAUCCUCAGCACUGCCGAGUACUGCUUGGCCACAACCCAGCAGCUGGAAGAAAAACUCAAAGAAAAAGUUGAUGCCAGCCUCACCGAAAGGAUCAACCUGACAGGGGAGAUGGACACGUUCAGCACAGUCAUCUCCAACAGCAUUCAGCUGCUGGUUCAGGAUCUCGAUGCUGCCUGUGACCCUGCUCUUACUGCCAUGAGCAAGAUUGCAGUGCAAAAUGUUGAGCAUGUUGGGGACCAGAGUCCAUACGUCACUUCUGUGAUUCUCCACAUAAAGCAAAAUGUCCCCAGUAUCCGUGACAACCUGGCCCUCCACACGAAAGUAUUCACUCAGUUCUGCAUCAAAUUUGCAAACUCCUUUAUUCCCAAGUUCAUCAACCAUCUCUUCAAGUGCAAGCCAAUUAGCAUGGUGGGAGCAGAGCAGCUGCUGCUAGAUACCCAUUCUCUAAAGAUGGUGCUCCUGGAUCUGCCUUCCAUUGGCUCCCAGGUGGUGAGGAAAGCCCCUGCCAGCUACACCAAAAUUGUCGUGAAGGGCAUGACCCGGGCUGAGAUGAUCCUGAAGGUGGUGAUGGCCCCUCAUGAGCCGCUGGCGGUGUUUGUUGACAACCUCAUCAAACUGCUUACAGACUGUAACACAGAAACCUUCCAGAAGAUCCUGGACAUGAAGGGCCUGAAGAGAAGCGAGCAGAGCAGCAUGCUGGAACUCUUUCGCCAGCGGCUCCCCACCCCGCCAUCAGCCUCAGAGGGUCCUGGUUCUACAUCCCUGACGGCACCAACCCCUGAACAAGAAUCAUCCCGCAUCCGAAAACUGGAGAAGCUCAUCAAAAAGAGACUCUAAGCAAGCAGGAGAGGGUCCUGGGUCCCUUUUGCCCAACAGUGGUGCAUCCUCCAACACUCAAUGGGAAGCUGUUUUGGAAGACCCUUAGGCCUCUCCCCUCCUCUCUCCAACUCUCACAUCAGCAACAUCCCAUCAUGUUUUCCUGGGAAAUUUGGGUUUGUUAGUGUACAUUUGCCAUAGUGUGUGGUUAGUCCUUCCCUAAACUAUGAAGAGAAAAGGAAAGGAUGUGGCUUGUUAGGCCUUCCACUGCUUGAGACCCUGUUACCAGGGACUGUUUCAAAACCAUCUCUAAUGCCUCCAAACAGAAUCUUAAGACAGAACAAGUGGAAGGUCACUUCUUCUUUUCAUCCGCUAGCUUCUCCCUGUCAUGUCAUUUUUAGGGACUCUUUGCAUGUCACCUCUAGCCAUUCCCACAACUAACACUGAUCCCUGCUCCUCACCUUGAAACUGCCCGUUGAUAAGUCUACAGUAAGAAGUGCAUUUCCCCCUCUCCAUCUAGAAACCUGUGUCCAGCUAGCCCCCGGGAGGUCUUUGUCCCUGCCUCACAGGGACCGCGGAGUGAACAGAUGCUCCUGGGGGCCUGCCCACUCCUGAACCAACUUUCCCAACACAUAGUUUGUCUUUGGGUCUGCCAUUUGGCUGAACUGCAUCUCUUCUCUUUCCCACCCUUUCAGCUUAGGAUCUGCUUUCUCCAGCCUUCUGAGUGAAGCUCUCCCUCUGUGUGUGUGUCAGGGAGGCCUCUUCUGCCAGGCCCUCAGAGGCUGAGCGUCUGAGGAUAGGUUGUGGUCAUUGUGAGAGUAGACAGAUGUCUGCUCUGGGAAAAGGAUUCUUCUCAGCAUCCUUCCUUAGUAGGGCUACAGAACCGUACUUCCUAUUCCCAUUUCUGCGCUCUUCUCUUCCAUUGCCCUCACUCCCACAGCCUCAGUAGCUCUUGGCUGAGUAGGAGGCAAAAUCAGGAAUCUCCUUUGGCAGAUUGAAGCCUACUUACUAAGGAGGAAUAUGGGAUCGCUUUUCUACCCCAUCCCUCCCUCCCCCUUAAUUCAGAUAGUCCUUGUCCCUGUCCAUAGCCAACGUGAGUUUGAAGUGGCAAAUGUUUUAUAGACAUAUAACUGCAAUGCCAUCUUAUUUAAUUACUAAUGAAAACAACACUAAGGGCUCAUGAAGUAAACUCUUAGUCUGAAAGAACUGGCAUUUAGACCUCCUGGCCUGCCCAUUGGACCAGCCCUGCCUUGCCCAGAGCUGUCCCCAUGGGCCCUCUAUGGCUAAUCUGACCUGAUCUCAGAAUAGUACAAGAGCCCCUUGCUUUCCUAGAGAAAAAUGAUUCUGUUUCUAUCAUUAGGAAGCCAUUUCCUGUGGCCAUAGAAAGUGUGAAGUAUCUGCAACUUACCAGACUUCAUGGGAAGCCAGUUUGGGGUUAACUGAGAAUAAUGGCAGGGUAAGUGUGGCCCAUAUUGGCCUAUGUCCUUUAUUCAGUUGUAUAUAUUUCAGAGGGUGUGUGAGAAGGGUUCAUGUCAUGUGGCCCUUCAUUUGAAACAAAUCCAAUGUCAGAGGACAACUUGAUCUGUGAAGGGGAAAGGGGAUAAGGAAAGGUUCUGCUAAAUUCAUAAAAUAUCUGAGUUUGAAAUUUUUUUUAAAAAGCAGCUUUUCUUCUUCCCUCUCUGUUAAUCAUUCCAUCCCAUUAACCCAUUUCCCUGAUUUGGCUCAUUGGUCCCAGCUCUGGUCUUCUGAAUUAAUUUCCUUGGUUUUCAUUUUUUCUUGCUAAUUAAAGGGACUUUUCCAUUCUGGACCUCUUAGAGUACAGGACAUUGAUAGGUGAAAAACCAGGGUUUUCCAGAGUAUAAUUUUAUUUUGACAUAAAGGCUAGGUAAAUGAAGAACUCUGUUGGGCUGACCUAGCAAUGGACACCUUUCAGUGGUGUUAGGCUAGUAACAGGGUUGGCUUUGGAAAGGUAAUUCAGCUGUCACUAAUUGAAUUUUACUUCUUCCUUUCUUGGAAGUCAGCAUUGCCCUUUCCCACCAUAUUUAGGAUAGUUGCUUUGGCUUCAGUCCAUCUCUGAUUCUCUUUUGUCUCCAGGAGGUUUUUUUAGAGAUUACUGUCUUAGCAGGUUGUUAAAGGCCUAGUUCUCAGUACUUAGUGAGGCGGUUUCAUUCUUAUUGGUUCCUUUCUGAGAUGAUCUGCUCAGAUGCAUUUACUCCUCAAUGCCUUGGGUCUCCAGUGCCUCCUUUCUGAAGGGGCCAGUGGGUGUCAGUAGGUCUUGGAUGAAGUGCUGUGGUCCCCAGGCCAAACAGUACAGAUGGGCCUCGUGUGGUGACACUAUGGACGUCUUACUUGCUCUUUAACCAAAAUAUAUUUAUUGUCUAUUAGAUGUAGUUCAGACAUCACAGGUGUUCUUUGCUGAUUGCUCACUGCUUUAAAUUUAUAGUGGAUGUUGAUGUUACAGACCAUGCCUCAAGCCUGACUUUUUCCACUCUGACUAGACUCUUGAUGUUCGAUCCAGCAGCAUUGGUCUUACUUCUCAGCAACCUGCCUGACAAGAGAGCAACAAUGGCAACUUCGUUAUUUGGUUCCCUUUAAAUAGGUGCCUCCUCUCAAUUUCCCAAAUCUUUUAAGGAAAAAACACUUGAAAGUGGCUAAACCCAAAUGUCUGCAUAUGAUAUUAGCCAUUUACAACCCCCAUGUUCUUCCAUUUGGGCUGGGUCGGGGGUUGUUCUUUCAUUUGGAUAAUUUUGAGUGAAAAAUCAGUAAGGCUCAUCUGAGCAGGAAGAGUCCAGCCUAGUGAAGCCAGUGCCAGGGACGUUGUCUUAGCAUGCACAUAGGAACUGAUGAAUGAUGGGAUCUGACAGUAAAAACAAUCAUGGAAUGUGCUUUGUUUCUAGAGAGUUCGAACCUCCGCUUUCAAUGACAGAAUGAAUUCGAUGGGCUCUUGUUUUUCCCCACGCAAAAACAACCAUUUGAACUUGCUGGUCUGCACGUCAGCCGCUGGACAACUGCUUUGCCCUACCUUCCAUGACACAGCCCCUUUCUGCUUUCUCCCAUUCAGUCAGUUCAUUUGAGCAGGCUCACUAGCAGAUGUUCUCCUAGAGAUAAAUGUAACAGAGCAUGUAGGCCAGCUCCGGAAAGAUCCUGCAGACUGGAGGCAAAUUGGCCGAGAGAGCCAGCAAGCUCUGCCAGAUGUUGGUAGUUAUAUAGUUGUUUGUAGUGAAAUACUAUAGAUACUCUAGCCAAGGUGCCUCGGCUCCCUUUUACAUCACCAAUGUAACCAGGGUGCUGGUAGGAUGAGGGCAGAUGGUUUAUGUGGCUUGUUCUGGUCAGGAUCUUUAUUCACAAUGAGCAUGGUGGUGGUAAGAGAAUCGAGCCAAAUACCCAAUGCGCAGGCAUAUUGGAAAGCCAGUCUACACAAAGGGUGUGCUUGUCUUUUGUAUGUAAAAUUAUUUCCUAUUUCCUUGUAUUUAUCAAACAGGGUGCUUCUGGAGCCCUCCGAUUGGACACCUAAAUAAGAUGUAAAUUUCCUUCCAAUAAAAGGAUGGUGUUU